AUGGAGGCGCGACCGAGGCGCUCCUCAUCGAUCUCGCCCAGGAGCAAGGGCAGGAAGUCGGAUCUUGUGGUGUGUUUCGGGGAGAUGCUCGUGGAUUUCGUGCCGACGGUGGGGGGAUUGUCGCUGGCGGAUGCUCCGGCCUUCAAGAAAGCCCCCGGCGGCGCCCCGGCCAAUGUCGCUGUAGCGAUUUCUCGCCUCGGCGGUCACUCAGCGUUCAUUGGCAAGGUCGGAGAGGACGAGUUUGGAUGCAUGCUCGUGGAGAUUCUCAAGGACAAUAGAGUCAACAGCCGAGGGGUUCGUUUCGAUCAGAACGCGAGGACUGCUUUGGCUUUUGUUACUUUGAGAGAGGACGGUGAGCGCGAGUUUAUGUUUUACAGGAAUCCAAGCGCAGAUAUGCUUCUAACAGUACCCGAGCUUGAUGCUGAGCUCAUACAACAGGCAUCGAUUUUUCACUAUGGUUCGAUCAGUUUGAUCGCGGAACCAUGUCGUUCUGCUCACCUUGCUGCCAUGGACAUCGCAAAGUCGGCUGGUGCAUUGUUGUCUUACGAUCCCAAUUUGAGACUUCCCCUUUGGCCAACGCCCGAAGACGCCCGGAUCGGCAUUCUUAGUAUUUGGAACAAAGCCGACCUUAUCAAGAUCAGCGAGGAAGAGCUGGAGUUUCUGACAAAUGGAGCGGAUCCGUAUACCGAUGAGGCAGCACUGUCUAUGUUUCAUCCCAAUCUUAAGUUACUGCUGGUUACCGAGGGCCAGAAUGGCUCCCGCUACUACACAAAAGAAUUCCACGGAAAAGUCGAGGGCAUUCAAGUCCAAGCCGUUGAUACGACUGGUGCCGGCGACGCCUUCGUCGGAGGAAUCCACAGUCAGCUCGUUAGCGACAUGUCCUUGUACACAGACGAGAAAAGGCUGAGAGAUGCCUUGCGAUUUGCAAAUGCCUGUGGAGCAAUCACAACCACGGAGAGAGGGGCUAUUCCAGCGUUGCCAGACAAAGAUACGGUGCUAAGGCUCAUCGAUCAACUUCCGAAGUCCCGGAUACCACGAAGACCAUCAUGGCAUAACAUUUCCCGGUGGAGGCUGCCGCUCAACGUGGACGCGGAGCUGCCGCUAGCAGCGACACCCGAACAAGAUGCGGUGCUAACGAAUGCGGCGGUAACGGAUGCGGUGCUCACGGAAGAGCAAAUCUAAGAGAACAACACGCCUUCACAAUAUCAUAUCGAAGAAGUUGUCCAGGUGCUGGUUGAUUUUUGCGAUGGUUUCGGUCCUGCCUAAGUCUCCCACGAUUGUCUCUUUGCAAUUUGGAUUCGGACAAACGAAGCAGUGC